CGGUGAGCCCAGAUCAGUUGAUUUUCAAACUUCAACAGGUGUUGAUCGCAUACUAACAGGAAUAUACACACACGCGGUAGAUAGAGCGCACGAGUCAACGAAAUCGCGAAAAUACUAAUUCUUGGAUUACUCCACUUCAAUUUUUGAGCCGUAGCCAUCAGCGAGCAGAAUUUUCUAAAAGUUUGCUCAUCCGCUAAUCUUAGAAUGGGUCGCCAGGCGAGACUGGUGCUGUUGUUGGUCGUGUGCCUUGGGGCGCUACGGGCCAGCCACUCGAGCACCCUGAAACCGACCAUCCACUUGAUUAACGAUGACAUAAUGGACAACGAGCUGAGCGCCAGCGAGGAUAUUGCGGACAAGAACAGCCUGAAGAUCUCCACGCCCAAGGGGAAGGAGCUGCCGGUGGACACGACCACGAAGAGUGCCAUCAAGAAGACUGUGGCCUCGACCACCCAGCAGCCCAUCAGCGAGGAGACGCUCAAGGAUCUGCUGGAGGCAUCCAAGCACAACCUGGCCCUAGCCGAGGAUCCGCGCUUUAACAAGAUGCUGCCCAAGGCACAGAAUGCCACCUCCACUGUCAUCAGCAUGCUGACCGCCAGCAAAAGUGGCAAGAAUGCCACCAGCAGCGAUGAGAAUGAGGAGUAUGACGACAACUAUGGCUACGAUGAGGACGACUACACAUACUUUGAUGAGGAAAAGGAGACCUCGACCAGCGCAAGUCCCAAGAAGAGCCGAACCACCACCACCCGCCAGCCCAAGCUGCUGCCCAUCGUGGAAAACGCCUCCACCAAGUCAAAGGUGAAGGGCGCUGUGUCGAAGACCAAGGAGAACACCAUUGACACCGAAAACGACUCCAACUACGAGGACUACGACGGGGACGACGAUGACGAUGAUGAUGAUGACGACGACGACGAUGUGCCCCAAGGGGAAGCGGAUGAUCUGGCCGACGAUGAGCAGGUUGUGUUCAGUGAGAAUGUUCCCUGCCCCAGAUACUGCGUCUGCUCCCGAAACGUCAACAGCUACCUGGUGGCCACCUGCAGCAGACUGGAUCCCGGCACCCAGAAGUUCGGCUCGGACAUCACCGACCUGGUGGUGACCAAUGUGGGCCCCAAGUACCCGAUUCUGCUGGGCCCCAAAUUCUUCCAGGGUCUGGGCCUGAAGUUCGUUGCCUCCAUUAAGAUUGCCAACUGCACAAUUGAGUACAUGCACCCGGAGGCAUUCCACGGCCUGGAGGAGCUGUACGCGGUCAAUAUGACGGAUGUGGGCCUGGCCAUCAUCAAUCCGGACACCUUUGCCCAGAACAAGAAGAUGCGCAUGCUCACCAUCUCCGGCAAUGACCUCAGCGUCAUGUCCAGCCUCCACUACCUCCUCAAGUCUUCUAGCAUUGAGGAGCUGGACUUGUCGCGCAACAACCUUAUGGAGCUGAACCCCAGGGCCUUCUCGAAGCUGUCCAACAUCGUGUUCAUCAAUCUGGCCCAGAACAACCUCAAGAAGAUACCCGAGAAGGUGUUCGAGCCCGUGGAGACGCUGGAGGAGCUGGACCUGUCGUACAACUCGCUGAGUGAGCUGCCCCGAGGCAUCUUCAACGGAACCACACUCUCCAUACUCCACCUCAAGUAUAACGCCUUUACGGGCGACCUGCACUUCGGCAUUAAGGAGCUGCAGCAGCUGGAUCUGAGCUUCAACUCGAUUGUCCAGGUCCACCACAGCAUGUUCGACAAGAUGCCCGGACUGACCAACCUGAACCUGAAGGGCAACGGCAUCACCAAGAUCCAGCCGGACUCGUUCCUCACUCUGAAGAGUCUGCGCCAUAUUGAUUUGUCCAUCAACGAACUGGACCAGAUAUCCGGAAUGCUCUUCUUCAAGAACUCCGAGUUGGAUGUGAUCCGGCUUAACGACAAUCCGCGCCUCAGCCAGCUGCCCACCGAUGGCUUCCUCAGCUACAACGGAGAAUUCACCGUCUACUACCUGGACAUCUCCAACUGCGCCAUAGGCCCCCUGGGACACAAGACCUUCUCGACAAUGCCCCACCUGACCACCCUAAAGCUGGCGUGGAACAACAUCAACCAUCUGCCGCGUGAGAUCUUCACCACGCUGAACAAGCUGAUUGACUUGGAUCUGAGCAACAAUCUGAUUGCCAAGCUGGACGACCUCACCUUCAUGGAGAACAACGAGCUGACCAAGCUAAACCUGGCGGGAAAUCCCAUCAGUCGGCUGUCCGUGCGCCUGUUCAUGCCCCUGCACCAGCUGCGGGCUCUGGACGUGAAUGACUGUGAGCUGACCUCGCUCCUCUCGGACAGGCAGCUGGGCGUUGGCUACAAGAUUUUCGAGAGCUUGCGCAGCUUCAACGCCUCCGGAAACUUGAUCAAGAAGAUCUCCUCGGCCGACGUGAAAAGUUUCAAGAACCUGCGCUCCCUGGACAUCAACGGCAAUCCGCUCAAGUGCAACGCCGAGUUCCAAGACUUCAUCAGCUACGUUACCCUGCAGAUGCAGAUGACGCCCAAGAAGAUGCCGGUGCUGGCCAAUCUGGAGGAUGACGCCACCAUCCUCGAACUGGAGACGCAGGCCCAGGCAGGCUGGGCUCAACUGGCCCACGAGGUGUGCAAGCACGAGGAAGGGGCCAUGGCCAAGGCCGAUAGGGCGGAGCAGAAGCUGGAGAAGCGUCUGAAGGAGAGCGAGAAGAAGCUGGAUGAGGACGAGCAGAAGCUGCUCAGUGUCUUGGAUAAGAGUGUGCUGGACAAAAGCAAGUUGAUCAGCAUGCAGAAGAUCAUGAAGGGUUCGGCCAACGCCAAGGAGGAAGACACUGCUGAGGAGGAUCUGAACAACGGUGGCGAGGACAAGGAGGAUGAUGCUGAGGUUGACUAUGACAGCGAAGAGGAUGACGACGAUGAUGAUGACGAUGACGACGAUAAUGAUGAGCGCUUCGAGGAUGCCAAGGAUAAGAUCAAUACCAAGACUAAGACCGAGAAUGACUUUGACAAGUAUUUGGAGAAAGAGGUGAAGCCUAAGCUGAAGAACCAUGGCCUCAAGGUGGAGGAGAUCGACAUGUCCAAGGAGACACGUGACAGAUUCCUGCUGGAGAAAUUCGGCUUGGACAACUCAGAUGAGGAGGAGAUCUUCAUUGAGCGCGGCCACAUAUACUAUGGCGGGUACAACUUCUUGAUCCCAAUGAUCCUCGUGGUCUCGUGUGUGGUCCUCAUUCUGUUGGCCAUUGCCAAGGUCGUCAUUAUGGUUCUGCGUAAGCGCGGCGAGCGCUACCGCAUGGCUCUGCUGGCCUCGAAGAAUUCCUUCGUUUACCAGAAGCUCAGCGAGGAUAUUGUGAAGCCGGCCAGCAAGGAGCCGAAGCAACCAAAGGUGCACCGGUACGCGCCCAUCAAUCAGGUCUAAGUCCUUCGCUCCAUCGUCAUCGCAGUUCCGGGCAGGACUUCGCGGAAGUCGAAGUCGAGUUGCGCUGUUUUUCUAAUUUAUAAGAUUAUUGAUAGUUGAACAAGUGGAAAUUGCAUCAAACAACAAUGGUCACACCGAUACCGAUGGACGAUUGAACACACACACACACACACACACACGCACGCACACGAAGGCACAGAACCCGUUGUCGGAACCCACCGCCAGCGUCAGGAGAAAAAGUAUUAGCGAAAAUGAAAGGAAACACUGAAAGCAAAAACUGAGAAAUACUUCAAUCCAAAAAUGAGAAAGAGUAAAUAAUACGAUAAAUAACAAUUCCAUACCAUACCCACUAAAAUGUAUGAAAUAGCUGCAUAUGUAUGUUGUACUUAAUCCUGUUGCCACCACCUCCCAGGUGGGGGACAACAGCAGAAACAGGGCAACACUCCCGGACGGAGACCGAGCUCGAUUAGCAACCGUUUCGAGAGGAACGGACUUCCCACUGAUUGAGCCGCCCCUAUAGCCCGUAACCCAUAUCCCAACCUCUGCUGUAACCGCAUCCGUUAAACGAACGUAAGAGAAGAGAAUUUCGGAAACAUCUUGAAGAUUUAGUGCCAUUUUGCCAAAAUUCAAACCAACUGCUUCAAAACUAAACACGAGUCAGGAGGAGGGAGAAUUAAUAGUAACGAGAAACCAGAAGAUUGUAGUGGGAGUUUAAAACCGGAUCUGUGUAGAAAACUCUUAGACAACUCCAUGAAAUGACGUCUGAUUUGAAAUCUGAUCAACAGAUGAGAGAAACAAACAAUUAAAGCAUAAACUAAGUUAAGCCUUUUUUAUUAUCUUUUUUCCAAUCAAAUCAAGUAAUCGGUUGACUUACUUUGACUUUGAAACCAAUUCCGAAAACAAUAAAUUAUUUUAACCAAA